CUUGGCUAUCUGGCAGAUUUUCUUCAGUAAGAGGUGGCUCUUGAAGCCUCUAGGAACGAGAGUGGUCUGUGGUUGCAAGGCAUGAUGGCUGCAAAAAUAUUUACUAUGCCCCUGAAGUCAAAGCAGUCCUUUAUACUGAGAGUUCCUCCAGACUCUAAGCUGGGCCAAGACCUACUUCGAGAUGCCGCUAGCGGGCCCAAGACCAUCCACCAGCUGGUGCUGGAGCACUUCCUCACCUUCUUGCCCAAGCCAGGCCUGGUCCAGCCUAAUCAGAAGGUCAAGGAGACUUUGGUUAUUAUGAAGGACGUGAGCUACAGUCUUCAGAACAGAGUGCAACCUCGUCCCUUAGUGAAGCUUCUGCCUGGAGAAGCAGUCCAGCAGAAACAGGAGUCAGCCUCCCUGUGCUUGAAAGGUGACUCUGAGGAGCUGGUGGUCUUUGAGGAUUUGAAUGUAUUUCACUCCCAAGAAGAAUGUGUGAGCCUGGAUUCUGCUCAGCAUCCCUCAUCAGAGAAGGAAGAUGACAAUAAUGUCGGGGAAAUGAUGUUACUGGUCAAUGACAGUAAUCCUGAGGGUGAAGAUCUUCAGAAAGAACCUGUAGAGAAUGAAGAUUGUAGAGAAAAAUCUUCAGAUUGUGAUGAGAUGGAUUGUUCUUUGGUCUCUAAGCAAACUCCAGAUUGCCAUGAAGAAGAAAGAUUAAAUACAUCCAUUCCACAGGAAAGGAAAAUGAGAAAUCUUUUAGUUACCAUUGAAAAUGAUACUCCGCUAGAGGAACUGUCAAAAUAUGUGGACAUCAAUGUUCUUGCACUAACUCGAAAUAGGAGAACAAGGAGAUGGUACACUUGUCCACUGUGUGGGAAACAGUUUAAUGAAAGUUCUUACCUUAUUUCGCAUCAGAGGACUCAUACUAGAGAAAAACCCUAUGACUGUAGUCACUGUGGGAAAAGCUUCAAUCACAAAACAAACCUCAAUAAACAUGAGCGGAUCCAUACAGGAGAGAAACCUUAUUCCUGUUCUCAAUGUGGUAAAAACUUCCGUCAAAAUUCUCAUCGGAGUCGCCAUGAAGGAAUCCAUAUAAGGGAGAAGAUAUUUAAAUGUCCAGAAUGUGGGAAAACCUUCCCAAAGAAUGAAGAAUUGGUGUUUCAUCUGGAGAGUCAUGAGGCUAAGAGGCCAUAUAGUUGCAAAAAAUGUGGGAGAAGGUUUGGCCGGCUGUCAAACUGUACCCGACAUGAGAAAACUCACUUACCAUAUAAGACCCGAAAGCAGAAGUGAUAUCAGGAAAGGUCUGAUGGUCUGCCUCAACCUGAAAAGUUUCCUAGGGAAUUCUGAACUCCCGGGCUGCCUGAAAAGAUACAGAUAUGUGGAAACCUCAUUGUAGCCAAAAUUGGAUAAAUACUCAUCUUGGCUGAAACCUCAAAUUGUUAGAAAAUUCACAGGGAAGGAAACAUCCUCAAGGGCUAUACCUCAGUUAGUAUACUGGCUUUUUGGACUAAGGAGCUUUCUUUUGUGAAGUUGCACAACAAUUUACAGAUCACAGAUCCAUUUCCAGAGAAAGACUUUUGAGUGUGAAUAUGGAGCCUGCUUCCUUGCAAGGUGAACAGAAUGACUCAUAUCUAUUGAAAGUAUAUCCAUUUAUUCCCCCACAUGGGAAUUCACACUUGAGAAAAGAGAAAUAGCACAAAGGUCCUUAUCUGAAGCUGUGGUCCCAUGAAAGAACUAGACUACUGAUUUGUUAAGCCAACAGCUUUUAAUAGCAAUGCAUAUAAUCCUCUAAGAACUCCCUGUUAAGGCUUGAGUGUUGAAUUGUUUACUUUGGAAUAUAGGAAAACUACAGCAAUUGAAUGUCAAAAACUUACUCUCAUUUGUAUGUGAUCUGAACUAGUGAUCAGUUUCAAUAACAUCUGCAAUUUGUGGUGAAAAUUGACUUCUACAGAAAUCCUUUUCAUAACAAUUUAAAAGUGUCUGCUGUUCUUACUGCAUUUUGUUCAUCUGUUAAUCUCCCAAACAGCUGUCUCAUGCCCUUCCCUUGCCGAAAGUUUGGAUCUCUCAGGCCCAGCCAUCCAGGCCAAUUACUGGAAAAGCUCUUCAGGAACUUGUCCCUCUGCUGAGCCAAGAUCUCAUGUGCUAGGAAGGAAACCCUAAGAGCUUGAAGAAUAGGGACAGACCUGGUGUCAGGAAAAAGUUGGCUUGGAUCCAUGGCUGGUCAAUAACCUUACCAUAUGCUUAAUUCCCCUCUUACACAGUUAUCAGACCUUUGGCAGUGGUUUGGACGCUACCUCACAAGGCAAAGUGUUGUAUUUUUAGAAAUUAUGUCUCUAGUGGUUUGCUCACAUUGCCCCUCAAGAGACAGGAUUCCAGGUGUCUUCUUUGUAGUGGAUAUUUGUUGUCUUUGGCUUCCUGAUAUCCAGACCUUCCUGUCCUUUCUGCCUAGAGGCAAGCCCAGUGGUGCCUUCACAGGACCGGUCCUGUGGUGUGAUUUAGGGAUUCUUGAUCAGUUUUGCUUGUUUUAGGUUUCCUAAAGUUUUACAUUGGUACUUUGGUUGAAAUGUGUUAAUCCUGAAAACUAUUUGGGAAAAAUUAACUUUACAGAUUUUGUUUCCCAUCCAGAAAUAUGCCUUUCCAUUUGUCAGAGGUACAGUAUUAUAUUCCUGAGUACACUUUUCUAAUUUUCUUCACUUAAGUUCUACACAGUUUUAUUGUAAAUAGUUUUUUCCAUUAUAUUUUUCUAGUUGGUUAUUACUCUUACAUAGGAAAGUUAUUUUCAUUACAUAUUUGUGUAAUUAGCCACUUCACUGAAUGUUCUUAAUUUUUAAUAAUUUCUCAGUGUAGUUCUGCUGUAACUUGUGGUAAAAUUGUACCAUCUAUGAAUAAUAGUUUUGUUUCUUCCUUUCUGCCUGUU